AUGUCUUACAGCAAUAAACCAGAUUGGAUGAAUUGGAUUGAAGAAGCUAUUUCAAAAAAACGUAUUAAACAAUAUGAUUAUAAAGACUUUUCUAACUUUAAAGUAAUUAGCGACAGAGGCUUCGGAAAGGUUUAUCGAGCAAACUGGAAAAAUCCUCGUAAUACUUUAGCAUUAAAAUCUCUCAACGACUCUACAGCUGAAAAAAUUGUUUACGAGCUUAAAAUUCAGCGUGAAGUACAUUUUUAUGAUAAUAUUAUAAAAUUCCAUGGUGUUACAAUAAAUAAACAAAAUUAUAGUCCGAUGAAAUAUAUGUUGGUAAUGGAAUAUGCCGACAGCGGUACUCUUCGAAAAUAUCUAGAAAAGAAUAUCGGUAAUCUCACAUGGAAUGAUAAAUUCAAAAUGGCACAUCAAUUAGCUUGCGCUAUAUCAUGCUUACAUGAUGAGAAGAUUAUUCAUCGUGAUUUGCACUCGAGCAACGUGUUAGUCCAUCAAAAUAAUAUCAAAUUGGCUGAUUUUGGAUUAUCAAAAAAUAUUGAUGACAAACAAUAUGGUGUAAUUCCUUAUAUUGAUCCUAAAAAAUUCUCCAAAGAUUCAUACUCUCUGAACCAAAAGAGUGAUGUUUAUAGUAUUGGUGUGCUUCUAUGGGAAAUAUCAAGUUGUCGGCCACCUUUCAAAGACGAAUCUAAUCAACAUAGAUUACUGAAUCAGAUUUUGCAAGGUCUUAGAGAAACACCUAUUCCUAAUACACCUAAGGAUUAUGAAAAACUUUAUACCGAUUGUUGGAAACCUGAAUCAUAUGAUCGUCCAACUAUUCACGAUGUAGUUGCUAGACUAGAAGCAAUUAUUAGUAAAAUCACAAAAUAUUGGACACCUCCUAUUAAUAAUUCAUCCCAUUCAUCACGUAAUCAUCCAUCACUUUCAUCACAUAGUAAUCCAUCACUUUCAUCACGCAAUAAUUCAUCGCUUUCAUCACGUAAUGAUUCAUCGCUUUCAUCGCGUAAUAAUUCAUCGCUUUCAUCAUGUAAUGAUUCAUCACUUUCAUCACGUAAUGAUUCAUCGCUUUCAUCACGUAAUAAUUCAUCGAUUUCAUCACGUAAUGAUUCAUCACUUUCAUCACGUAAUAAUUCAUCGAUUUCAUCACGUAAUGAUUCAUCACUUUCAUCACGUAAUAAUUCAUCGCUUUCAUCACGUAAUGAUUCAUCGAUUUCAUCACGUAAUAAUUCAUCACUUUCAUCACGUAAUGAUUCAUCGCUUUCAUCACGUAAUAAUUCAUCACUUUCAUCACGUAAUGAUUCAUCGCUUUCAUCACUUAAUAAUUCAUCGAUUUCAUCACGUAAUGAUUCAUCGCUUUCAUCACGUAAUAAUUCAUCACUUUCAUCACCUAAUAAUUCAUCACUUUCAUCACGUAAUGAUUUGUCACAAAGUUUCAAACAAAAAGGAUCUAAAUCUAAGAAAGAUGUAGUUGAUGGAAUAGCUACUCUUCCUUAUAAGUUAUAUGAUGGAAAUAAAAAACAGAGAAUUCUUGAUUACCUUGAGGAUCAUCAUGUGACCUCAAUAGAAAUUUUUGACUGGUUAUUAAAUAAUCAAAAUUAUCCAAAUUCUCUUCUUGUGUUGGGAGAUUUUUAUUAUUUAGGAAUUGCAACUAUGGUUGACAAGAAAAAGGCUUAUAAUUUUUAUGAGAGAGCAGGAGAUGGAGAUGAUGGACUAAGCAUAGCUCAAUACAAUCUUGGAGUUAUGUAUGAAAUUGAUAAAUUAGGCGACACAUUUGCAGCAAUGUAUUGGUAUAAUAAAUCAGCUAAACAGGGAAACCAUAUAGCUUGGGAAGGUUUAAAUAGAUUACGAAAUGCUCCAAAUAAGAUUAUUACUGCAAAUAGUAUUGAUAAAUUUAAUGAUACGAGUAUUUUUUUUUCACUUUUUAAAUAA